AUGGAGUCCAUGAAACGAUCGCCGACAUUCCUUGUGGGCACGGUGCAGCAGAAAGACAUCCUCGGAGAGUUUCAAAAAAGGGAGCAGCAUUACACAGAGGAGUACUCCAAGAACAAGCCCUUGUGCUUCAGUGCGAGGGCAUUCCAGCAGCCGCAUCCAGCAAAAGUCCGAAUGGGCUACAAGGAUGCCGAUGCCACACUGACUUCUCCUAUGCUGUUGGGUGUUUGUGACGGAGUAUCGCAACUAGAGGAGUUUCAAAUGGACCCGUCGCUGCUGCCAAACGAGCUGUUGCGAACGUGUGAGGAACUCGCGAUGCUGCAGCUUAUGCCCGACACGAACAUUGCCCCGCAAGACCAGUACAGAGGUCCUAUUUCCCUUCUCAAAGAAGCGUAUCAGGAGACAACUAGCUAUGGGUCCACCACAGUCCUGUUAGCAGCGCUCGACAACAGCACCAGGAUCCAUGGGAAGUUGCACCCCAUGAUCGCGGUCCUGUCGAUCGGCGACUGUGAGUUGCUGAUGCUGAGAAGGACGAACGGGCGACAGUCUGAACUAGAGGCAGUUUUCCACACCGAGAUGCAGCGAAUCGACUACAACGUGCAAACGCCACUGCAGCUCGCGCGCGUCGACGAACGAAUCGACGAGGAGUUCGAUGAGUCCAUCGCGCUCGAGCUUGUCGGCUCAAGUUGUUCUGGGCAACCACCUCCAACAGCAAGGGCGGUCUCAACUGAAGGACGGACAUACAACAUGCUGAAGGGCUUCGCUUUCAAGAUUCUGGCGCCGAAGGACAUCACUGGGGUGUUGAACAUGAUUGGCGUGCAUCCAGCCGUGGCUGCAGACAACAUAGACAGGCCUUCUGCAGACAAUGCCAUGGCUUUCUUCAACGCUCUUGCAGAGUUUGCUUAUGACAUGGACUCCCAACAAGUGAAGGCACAGAUGCCUGCCGUGACACCUCACCCAGAAAUCUAUGACGAGGCCAUGGAUUUCCUGACGAUCUUCAAGCUUUCAAGGCAGCUUGCAAUGAUCAAUCUGGUGGACGACUUUAAUUUCAAGGACUUCUGGGAUCCCGUGCCGAAGCGGUUUCGAGCGCUGCUGAGUGGCAUGAUCAACUUCUGCCGGUAUAAAGAGGCGAAGGUGGUAGUCAUCACUGGCAUGAAGGAGGACGUGCAAGCUUUGGACUCGACGAGAUUGGAAAUGGUGGACAAGCUGAACCAGGUUGAUGCAGAACUCUCUGCUGCACAAGAGCGUCACAAUGCUGAGCUGCAAGACAUGUGGACUGCCGAGAACGAGGCCUCGGAGGCAAAGGCCAUCAACGACAAGCUCACACGACAGCGCAACUCUGCAGACCGCGUUGUGGAGGAUGCAGAAAGAAAGCGAGCAUCUGUGAAGGAACGAGUCCGUCAAGGAGAACAGCGCAUUGAGCAGUUGCGGGAGCAGGUCAAUGCACUGCAGAGCCAGAUUGCUGAGAGCCCCGAGGGCCUGGAGAAGGAGAUCGAAGAGCUGAAGAGUGGUGUGUGCCAGCUGAAGGCAGUGCUUGAAGAAAAGGCCAACCAGCGCAGGGCACAUUCUCAGCGAGAUCAGGUUGUCUGCAGGCUGCUCAGGCAUCUUGAGAGCUACAAGGAUGAGCUGACCCGUGUCGGAAGUGUUGCAGCGAACGCCGAGAAUGCAAAGCAGCGUGCUGCUGCCGCGCGAGAAGACUUAGCAAACCUGCGGCAGUCUCUCGAGGCUACCAAGCAAGACGGCACUGAGCUGGAGCAGUCCUUGAAAAGCGUUGUGGCGGACAACGAGAGAGCCAAGCAGGUGCAUGCUGAACGCAUGGAGCAGUUGGAGGUCCGGCGACAAGCAGCUCUGCAGCAGCACCAAGAGCUGCAAGCAAAGCGGUCAGAGGAGCAGCGACAGCUUCACCAGCUACAGUCGCAGCGUCUUGAACUGGAAGCCGAGGUUGCUGCUGUUCGGCGUGCGCACGCAGCUGAGAUGGGAGAACUCCGUGUGACGUGGAAGGCUGUCAUUGAUAAAGCAGAGUCCUACAACCUCUCCUUGGAUGCUCUUUUUCAUGAGCACUGUCAUGGAGACGGCGCAGUGCUCUGA